UUUCUCUUAGUCCGCGACGGCUCGGACCCUGCGGCCUCAGCGUAGUGGUUGGAACCGGUAGUGGGCUGCGAGGUCACAGGCUUACGCUAAGUGGACCCGGUCUUCCCUCCCGCGGCGUCUUGUCCUUGGUGCGCCGCCGUGGCCCAUGGGUACAGUCGGCCCGGCGGCUUGGCAUUAAACUGAAAAGAUGUCCCUGUAUGAUGACCUGGGAGUGGAGACCAGUGACUCCAAAACGGAGGGAUGGUCCAAAAACUUCAAGCUUCUGCAGUCUCAGCUUCAGGUGAAGAAGGCAGCUCUCACUCAAGCAAAGAGCCAGAGAACAAAACAAAGUACAGUCCUUGCCCCAGUAAUCGACCUAAAACGUGGUGGCUCUUCAGACGACCGGCAGAUUGUGGACACCCCACCUCAUGUAGCAGCCGGCUUAAAGGAUCCUGUACCCAGUGGGUUUUCUGCAGGAGAAGUUUUGAUUCCCUUAGCUGAUGAAUAUGACCCUAUGUUCCCGAAUGAUUAUGAGAAAGUGGUAAAGCGCCAAAGAGAGGAACGACAGAGACAGCGGGAGCUGGAACGACAAAAAGAAAUAGAAGAGAGAGAAAAGAGGCGUAAGGACCGACAUGAAGCUAGUGGAUUUUCAAGACGACCAGAUCCAGAUUCUGAUGAAGAUGAAGAUUAUGAGCGAGAGAGGAGAAAAAGAAGUAUGGGCGGAGCUGCCAUCGCACCACCCACUUCUCUUGUAGAGAAAGACAAAGAGUUACCCCGAGAAUUUCCUUAUGAAGAGGACUCAAGACCUCGCUCACAGUCUUCCAAAGCUGCCAUCCCUCCCCCCAUGUAUGAGGAGCAGGACAGACCCAGAUCUCCACCGGGCCCUGGCAACUCCUUCCUCGCCAACAUGGGUGGCACAGUAGCACAUAAAAUCAUGCAGAAGUACGGCUUCCGGGAAGGCCAGGGUCUUGGGAAGCAUGAGCAAGGGCUGAGCACAGCACUAUCAGUGGAGAAGACGAGCAAGCGAGGAGGCAAGAUCAUCGUGGGUGAAGCCACAGAGAAAGAUGCAGCCAAGAAGUCAGACUCAAAUCCAUUAACCGAAAUACUUAAGUGUCCUACUAAAGUGGUCCUACUAAGGAACAUGGUUGGUGCAGGAGAGGUAGAUGAAGACUUGGAAGUUGAAACCAAGGAAGAAUGUGAAAAAUAUGGCAAAGUUGGAAAAUGUGUGAUAUUUGAAAUUCCUGGUGCCCCUGAUGAUGAAGCAGUACGAAUAUUUUUGGAAUUUGAGCGGGUUGAAUCAGCAAUUAAAGAUGGGAAAACAGAGGCAAAGGAAGGAAUCAGUGGCCAGAGUGGAAGCACCAGUAUGCAGAACAAGAGCCAGCGCUGGACUUGGUCACAUGUCCCCACCUUACCCCUGCCAGCCUGGCUUGUCUACUGUUUCACUGGCCUCUAAAGUGCCCCUCCUACAGGAGGAGUGAAACCACGCCAUGAAGAAUAUCCUUUAUCUCCAGAAGUGAUUGUACAACUAAUUUUAAAUUUCUAUGACUCUUUGUUUUCCUAUUCAGCAUCAAUUAUAGGACCAUAAUGGGGGUGGAAAUCUACCACUUGGCCUGAGAGGUUGAGUCUGAUUUCUGGGAAAGAGGCUGCCUGGUUCCUUAGCCAUAAGUAGGUCAGUAAGACUACAUGCACUGGGAUUGAAUGGCCCUCAAUCCCAGAUGAGCUAACCUUCUGAGGACUGUGACGUCUGCCCACAGGACAAUGACAGGAGGAGAGAACACAGCUCCCUGGAGAAGGGCAGUGCUGCACAGUGAGAACAGUGACAUUGGUCAAGAGGCCUGGAUUUAGGUCUCUGCUCUGCCUUUGUCUGGCGGAGCCUCCAGGGCAAACCACUUCCCCUAGCUGAGGCUAGCUUUGUCAUCAGUGAAGCGGGGUGAAUGCUCGCCUCUACUGGCAUAAAAAAUUGGUCAGGGUGCUAUGAAAAAAAAUAUGAAAACUCUUUGUAACAUUUUUAAAAAUGGUCAGGACCUGGCCAAGGUGGCUCAGUUGGUUGGAGUGUUGUCCCAUAACUGAAAGGUUUUAAGUUUUAUUUCCGGUCAGGGCACAUAGUUAGUUGUAGGUUUGAUUGCUGGUCCAGAUGCAUAUGAUCCCUUGUUCGGGCGAGUAGGAGAGAUAACCAACCGAUGCUCCUUUCUUGCAUAAUGUUUUUCUCUUACCCUGUCUGUCUAAACACAAUGAAAAAAUGUCCUUGGGUGAGGACUUAAAAAAAAUGGCCUGGUUAUAUAUUGAUGGGAAUGGGUCUCAUUAAGAGUAGGCUGUUUACAUUUGGAGUCAUUUAAGGCUCUAAAGUUUCCAAUGGCUCUGUCCACAAUCCAGCUCCAUCCUUGGGCUCCGGGAGCUUCAUAGACCCUGUGAACAGCUUGCAAAGUCCUACUGCUGACUUUGUAACCUCACUUCAGCUCCUCUUUCCUCCUGAAGAAAGGAAUAGCUGUCACCAACUGGCAGGGAGCUGGGCUGGCUCAGGGCACAUAGUCCCAAGUGCCCUGGCUCUAGUUGCUUGGUGCGUGCAAAGUUGCAAGGACAGUUGAACAUGUCGCAUGAUGGACAGGUGACAGUACUUGCCUUCCAUCAAAAACAUUAAUCAAGGACUUGAAAAGAAUUGCCACCUAGAGUCCUGGCUGGUAUGGCU